AUGGCAAAACAAAGGCUGUUAUCUACACAACAGAUAUCAGAGCACAAAACGCCCGAGGAUUGCUGGGUUGUAGUCGACAACCAAGUCUGGGAUGUGACUGACUUUCUUGAAGAACAUCCAGGCGGAUCAGCAAUUAUCUUGAAGUAUGCGGGCGGUGAUGCAACAAAAGCCUACUCAGAAGUUCAUGCACCAAGCGUUAUGAAGAACAAUCUCGAUGCAAAGAAAUUCAAGGGUGUCCUCGAUGAAUCUACAAUCGAUGCCGACUGGGCCAAGCCACCGCCAAAUGAAAGCCCCAAGGUGAUGCACGACAACGAGAAAGCACCACUCCACACCCUGAUCAACUCGCACGAUUUCGAGAUAGUAGCCUCAAAGACGGCGAGCAAGAAGACAUGGGCGUUUUACUCCAGCGCAGCUACAGAUCUACUAACGCGCGAUGCCAAUAAAACAUGCUUCGACCGGAUAUGGUUCCGGCCGCGGGUUCUCAAAAAUGUCCGGUCAGUCGAUGCUCGAACAAAUAUCCUCGGCGGGAGCUACAAUCUCCCUCUGUUUGUCAGCCCAGCUGCAAUGGCGAAGCUCAUCCAUCCGGACGGAGAGUGUGCCAUCGCCAGAGCCUGUGCGAGCAAAGGCAUAAUGCAAGGUAUUUCAAAUAACUCAUCGUACACGAUGGAGGAACUGCGCACAGCGGCACCAACGGCAGACUUCUUCUUCCAACUAUACGUCAACCGGGACCGGGAGAAGUCUGCGGCGCUACUGCGCCAAUGUUCCGCAAACCCGAACAUUAAAGCGAUUUUCGUAACGGUUGACGCCGCAUGGCCCGGCAAGCGCGAGGCAGACGAGCGUGUCAAAGCAGACGAAAGCCUCUCCGUGCCCAUGUCGCCGUCCAAAGCUCAAAACGACAAGAAAGGAGGCGGGCUUGGCCGCGUCAUGGCGGGAUUCAUCGAUCCCGGGCUGACGUGGGAGGAUUUGAAAUGGGUGAAACAGCACACGCACAAACCGGUGUGUUUGAAAGGUGUGAUGUCAGCGGACGACGCGCUGCUCGCGAUGAAAGCGGGGCUUGAUGGAAUCCUGCUCAGUAACCACGGCGGUCGCAAUUUGGAUACCAGUCCGCCGUCGAUUAUCACCCUGUUGGAGAUUCACCGCCGGUGUCCGGAGGUAUUCGACCACUUGGAGGUUUAUGUUGAUAGUGGGAUUCGUCGCGGGACUGAUAUCCUCAAGGCGGUUUGUCUUGGUGCGACUGCUGUUGGUAUGGGGAGGAGUAUGCUCUUUGCUACGAAUUAUGGCCAGGAGGGUGUCGAGCAUUUGAUUGAUAUCAUGCAAGAUGAAUUGGAGACUUCGAUGCGCAAUGUUGGCAUUACAUCCCUGGCGGAGGCGACGCCUGAUCUUGUCCACACUGGGGAUGUCGACCACCUGGUUCCAGCAUCGCGCGUGCACCCGUACGCUCGGACCAUAGCUAAAGGACGGAGAACGGGAUCGAAACUUUAA